UUUGGAAUACUGCGGCUUUAAUCUUUCAAGUGCAACGGCCAUACUUCUACCAUAUCAAUUACAAAACAUACACCAUGAACUCACCCAACCCCAACUCUCAACCUCAGGAAGCGGAAGAAAAGAAACACCAACAGUCUUACUAUGACUGGCUUCGUGAACAGUACAAUAUCCAAUACGAGAAAUGGUAUCCCUGGAUCGAAGAUCAGUACCUGAAGUGGUUUGGGAAGGGCGAUAACAAAGCUUCCUAUGUUACUAAGGACACUCUCAACAACACCAAGGCCAGCGGAUUGGAACAGGUUGAUCAACUACAAGACGACGUACAUAAUCUAGUUGGAAAUCAACUCGGCGAUAAUGGAUUGCUUUCGCCUGUUGGCAAGAUGGUUUCUAAAGAGGGAAUUAAUCGAGGUGAGAGAAAGGGGAAGGAUGAAGAGGGGAGAUAUGGAUUUGGGGGUUUGGGGAUUGCAGGGAAAUGAUCCACGGUUAUAGGAUAAUGAACGGUGAAAGAGGAAUUGUAUGAUAUUACUAUGGGUGGUAUAUCGUUGUUUCGUUUCGGUUUAGUUUAUC